UGCUUUUCGUCCUCCGACCGGGUCAUUAUCCACAAUCCCUCAAACAUGUCCCAACCCAUCACAGCCAAUACGCCUGUACCGCUGCGUUACGCGGCAGGAAGAUUUGAUAUAUACAUUGUUGUCGACACGCGAGAAGUCAAACUCAAAAAAGACCGAAGUUACAUUCAAGAACAGCUCGAGAUGCACGGAAUAAAGACGUUGACAAGAAGUUUAACCGUAGGCGAUUUCCUAUGGGUUGCCAAAUUACGGGGAGAUGCAUCCAACGAGGGACAAGAAGUUGUACUCGAUUAUGUUAUUGAACGCAAAACAAUGGAUGACCUAAUAGCAAGUAUCAAGGAUUCCCGAUUCAAGGACCAAAAACUCCGUCUAGGCAACAGCGGCCUUCGAAACACAAUUUACCUGGUCGAAAAAUCACCUAGCAUGGUCCAAGCGCUCAAUUUUGGGCUGACAGCGAUUCGAACGGCCAUGGCACAAGUUCAAGUUGUCAAUGGAUUCUUUUUGAAACAGACUGCGUCUUUGGAUGAGACGAUUGCCUAUCUGGUUCGGUUGACGAAAGGGUUGAUAGCAAAGUUUGGAAAACAGGACUUGCUUGCGAUAUCAAGUGAAGUACUGAAUAGGGACACAUUCAAAGAAACGCGGGCUUAUUUGGAAGGAACACAUGGAUGUCAAUGCCAUCUGACCUUUGACGGGUAUCAAGCCAUAAACUCAAAGUCAAAAGAGUACAGGGUACAGGAAAUUUGGACGCGGCAGUUGAUGACGAUAAAAGGUGUCAGUGGGGAGAAGGCUGUGGCUAUUGCAAAGAAUUAUCCGACUAUGAGAAGUCUUUUGAAAGCACUAGCGGCAUGUAAUGAUGAUACAGAACGAGAAUCACUGAUCCGUUCAGCAGGUGGAAACGGGCGGAAAGCUAUAGGAGGUGCUCUAGCGAAAAAGAUUCGACGGGUGUUAUGCUCACCAGUAUACUAAAGCCAAACUACCAUUUUAAAUAUCCAUUCCAAUAAUGAAAGUGCUUAUCUAUAAAUACAUGAACCGUCAAC